AUGAGCGUGAAUGGAAAGCUUAAGAAAAAUACCAGCAGAGAAGUUGCUACAUUGUUCUCUGUAUCCAUGCGUACAGUUCAACGUGUUUGGAAACGAUCAAAAGAAAAUAUGAAGAAUGGGGUGACUGAUGUAUCUCAUAAAAGAACAAAAAAUUGUGGUCGCAAACGGAUACAUAUUGAUUUGGAUCAUUUUCGGAGCAUUCCUUUACAGGAGAGAAAAACUAUUCGAGAUGCAGCUAAUGCUCUAAAAGUUAGCACAUCAGUUCUAAGCAGGAAUCUAAAGUCAGGCGAUAUAAGGCGUCACUCCAAUGCAAUCAAACCAUUUUUAAGUGAGGAAAACAAGAAAGGUAGACUACAAUUUUGUUUAGACAUGCUUGACAAAGAAAGUUUGCCUCAUGAUCCCAAAUUUCAUGACAUGCAGAAUGUCAUUCACAUAGAUGAAAAGUGGUUUGACUUGUCAAAAAAAUGUGAGACCUAUUAUCUUUUGGCGGAUGAAGAAGAGCCUCAUCGUACUUGCAAAAGUAAAAAUUUUGUUACCAAAGUCAUGUUUCUCGCUGCUGUAGCUCGUCCGCGAUUUGAUGGUCAAGGCAAUGUUACAUUUUCUGGGAAAAUUGGCAUCUACCCAUUUAUCACCAAAGAGCCUGCAAAGAGGAGUAGUGUGAAUCGAGUUGCAGGUACACUUGAGACAAAGGCAAUGACUUCUGUUAAAAGAGAUACAGUUAGAUCAUAUUUGAUUGAAAAGGUGAUACGUGACAUUCGAGCAAAAUGGCCACGUGAAGAUAUGCAUAAACUUAUUUGUAUCCAGCAAGAUAAUGCAAGAACUCAUGUGGAUCCCAAAGAUAUAGAGUUUUGUCAAGCGCCCAGCAAAGUGGUUUUGAUAUUCAGUUAA